AGGGCAUACAACAGAAUUUUGUUAUUUCAUUCGUUUUGAUUCUCAUUCUCAUUAUUGGUUUGGUUUGUCAGUGAGGUUAAACGUGAAUUUGCACUUAUUGAGCCUCAAAAUAUAACGUCCGUUUUCUUCGUAUACAAUCUUUAUUCAGUUAGUCUGAUCGAAGGAAUUUUACUUUAUUUUAAUUAUCUUUAUUUGUAUUUAAAAUGGGCACGUCAAGAUAUGACAGGGCUAUUACUGUUUUCUCACCGGAUGGUCAUCUUCUCCAGGUAGAAUACGCUCAAGAAGCUGUACGUAAAGGAUCUACUGCAGUUGGAGUUCGUGGCGCAGACGUAGUAGUUUUAGGGGUGGAGAAGAAGUCUGUAGCAAAGCUGCAAGAGGAGAGAACUGUACGAAAAAUAUGCCUCCUGGAUGAUCAUGUGGUGAUGGCCUUUGCAGGUCUGACUGCAGAUGCUCGAAUAUUGAUUAACAGAGCACAGAUAGAAUGUCAGUCACAUAAAACUGACAAUUAUCAGUGUCUUUCCUACGUGUUGAAUGAGGCAUUCGCCAAUCGUGACAAGAUCUCAGGGGUGGAAGGAGGGUCGUACUCAGCCUUGGCAGACCACAACUAUGUACUGCCACCCGCCCCUGUACUAGUGUGGCGGGGCUGA